GGCUAUUCCACACAUUCUGAUACCCUGGGACAACAGCGUGAUCCUAGAGAGAAUUCCAGAGCUGAAGCGGGACCCUGCAGAUCAUUUCUUUGGGCCAUUUAUUUGAUUUGAGAUUGAAGAAACAAACCCAAACAAAGGUAUCUAAUAUGCUUACUUUGAAAUCUAACCCAGCGGUGAUGCCAAUCGCUAGUGUAGACACAACAGCUGUGUGUCUUUUUGCAGGAGCCUGGGGAGGGGCCAUGGUGCCAAGCCAAUUGUGGGGGACUCUGGAGAAGCUGCUUCUCUUCCUGUGUUGCACCUCCUUCCUCCUGGGGCUGGCUUUGCUGGGGAUACGGCCGGACAUCGCCCCUGUUGCUUAUUUCUUUCUCACCUUGGGUGGCUUCUUUUUGUUGGCCUGCCUCCUGGCCUGUGUUUUGGAAUGGGGGUCUCAAUCAAUGCAGACCGAGAGCCCAGGGGCCUCAAGCAAUGCACGGGACAAUGAAGCCUUUGAGGUGCCAACCUAUGAAGAGGCCACAGUGUUGGAAUCACAGUGCCACCCCCCAGAGGUGGAUCAACCACCCUCCUACACCAGUGUUGUAAUCCCCCCAGAACUUGAGGUGGGACAGCCUAGCCAUCCAGAGGAGCCCAGGAGAGCCAGACUGGACAGGCGAGUGGGCUCAGAGGGGUCUGUGAUCUCAGGAAGCCCUGGAAGACCUCCAGUCAGCCUGCGGCUUCGGGGACCACGAGUUGCGUCCACUGUUCCUGAUCUGCAGAGCUUGUGGACGCCCCCCAAAUUGGAACCUCUUACUCCACCCCCUGCCUAUGAUGUCAGCUUUGGUCACCUUGAUGAUGAUGUUUUCUAUGGAAACAACUGGACACCCCGCUAA